AGAAAACAAAAACCCCAGUAGAAGAACACCCCAAGGGAAAAAAACAGGAAAAGAAAGAAAAACAUGUGGAACCAGCAAAGUCAUCAAAGAAGGAACAUUCGGCUCCAAGUGAAAAACAAGUAAAAGCAAAAACUGAACGAGCCAAAGAAGAGACCAGUGCUGCCUCAACUAAAAAAGCUGUACCUGGUAAGAAGGAAGAGAAAACAAACAAGACAGUGGAGCAAGAAAUUAGAAAAGAAAAAUCCAUGAAGACGUCUUCAGUUUUGAAGGAUAAAGUGGGGCUUGAACUCACGAUCCUGAGAUCACGACCCGAGCUGAAACCAAGAGUCAGAUGCUUAAAUGACUGCCCCACCCAGGUGCUCCAACUUGAUAAUAUUUUGGAAGAAUCUGAAAUUAAAAAAGAUGAAAAGAUGCCCAAAGCAGGCAAAGAAGUCAAGCCUAGGACUCCACAGCCACAAGUAAAAAAGGAAGAGAAACCAGAGUCACAAGUUAAAAAGGAAGCAAAAUCAGAACAAGACAUAGCAAAACCAGAAAAGACUGUUUCUCAUGCAAAACCAGAGGAAAAAGUUGUCAAGCAGGUAAAAGCUACCACAAUAGAAAAAACAGUCAAGCCCAAACCAGCAAAAAAAGGUGAACACCAAGAAAAAGAAUAUCCAUCUACAAAAACAGACAAACCUAAACCAACUUCAAAGGAAACAUCAGAAGUCACAGAAUCAGGGAAGAAGAAAACUGAAAAAUCUGAAAAAGAAAGUAAAGAAAAAGCAGAAAUGAAACAUCUUAAAGAAGAAAAAGUCUCAACAAGAAAAGAAAGUCUUCAAUCACACAAUGUGACAAAAGCAGGAAAACCUGCAAGAGUAUCAAGAGAAGAUUUGGAAGAUGUACCAGCUUCAAAGAAAGCUAAAGAAGCUGAAGAUGUGUCUUCAACAAAGAGGCAAAAAAGCCCCAUCAGUUUCUUCCAAUGUGUCUACUUGGAUGGAUACAAUGGCUAUGGAUUUCAGUUUCCUGUCACUCCUGCACACCGUCCUUCAGAGAGCUCUGACCAACCAAGUUCUCCAGGACAGAAGCAACAAGGACAAUAGGCACACAUGCAGGGCCCUUACAAGUGCUUUGAGACUUUGAAAAUAGGAUCUUCUGUUUGUCUGCAGUGGCAUAGGCAAUUGAAAUCAUGAAUCUGAGGAAUUUCUCUGAAAAUGUUUUACUCUUCUGCCUGGUCUAGAGAGAAAGGGUGGGCAAAAGGAAUGAAUGAUAAGCAAACAUAUUGAAAGAUCUGGCACUCAAGAACCUGUUAUUUGUGUUUGUUGCUAGGUGUGGAUGCUUAUAUUUUUCUAUUUCUUCUCAUUGUAGGGUUGCUCACAGGUUAAUUUAAAGUUUCCUUAAUAAUGACCUUUUAAACAUAACACAAUUACAAAAUGGAAUUCUGAUUUCAGUUAGGUAUAUUUCUAAAUGACAACAAAGACUGUGCUUUCAAUUUAAAGAGUAUAGGAGCUACCCUUUAUAGGAGUACAAAACUACUCUUUAUCAUGUAGCUCUCUAAACACAAUUUGCCCACUAAGUUGAUGUUCAAUAGUUUGAUUUUAUUUAUGUCUCUUUCUAUUUUAGCUGUGGUAAUUCUCUAAGAAUGGGUAAUAGUUGAACCAAAAAGUGCUGUAAGUUCCUUGUAAUGCUCCUUUAGAUAGAAUUCAAAAUAUCUCUGAACUUUGGACAUGGUAAGAUGGAGUAGAAAUGUUUGAUAAAUCUUAUCUUUGAUUUGUCUUGAAUUACAACUAGGACAUUCACUCCAGUGGAAAUAUACCAUCCAAUUAGGCAAGUCUGAUGAAUCAUUUGUUUAAAAUAAAAGCAAAUGAGAUGUAGUAUUUUCAGAUUUCUCCAGACUAUGCCCUAAUGAAAAUGUCACCUGGAUGAAAUUUUAGAUCUGUCACUAAAUUCUGGUGACAGUUGCAAAAGUAUUUAAUUUCACUUUAAUAGGAUCAUUCUGUACAGUUAAGUACAUUUUCUUUCUCAAAAAAAAUAUAUAUAUACACACAUACAUAAAUGAAUGUCAUCAAUAUUAAAGAAAUGCAUUUUAAAUACAAGUGCUUCAUGAGAUGUCUUACUUGUUUUUUAAGUAAGUGAUUAUCAAUGCCAGUGAAAUGAAUGACAGUCUUUAACUUACUUGAUGAUGCAUCACUGGGAAUGACUAUUUUGGUUUUGUCAUCUUUUUUGUCUCCUGGUGAUAUGAACACUUAUGUUCUUUACCACAUUUUUCUACCUAUGUUAAAAGUUAUGCCAAUGUGACCUUUAUCAUGUUUACAGUUGCAACUCAACCUAUGACAAAUUAACUCAGGAAAUAAGUUAUCUUUUCUGGAAUUGUAAUUGCCCUCUUGUGGGGUAGCCAGAGCCAAUACUAGCCAAGUGAUUUAUUUAAAGGACUGCAACUAUCUAAGUUCUUUAAUUCCAAUUUAGAACACUGUUUUACUCAAAUAUCAUUAGGCUAGGGCAUCAGUAACACAUUCAGUAUCAAUGAUGGAUUUUCAGUGACUUUGGUGAAAAGAGUUGGUCUCAGGCACAUGCUGGAGUGUGCUAACUCACACUACAAAAGCCAAUGUUAUAAUGAACCAAGAUUAAUGACACUCUGUUGGGGACACUUGGAGUGUAUACCCUCAGGACUGACCAGAUGGUAUCAUCUUGCCUACCCCCUUCAUAUAGUAAUGGAAACUUGUGGGAAAGUGGAUAACGUUUAUUACUCAACUGCUCCUACAACUUGUCUGAUUUAAUGAAGAAAGGCAAAUAUGGCAGUUUUUUAGAUCUCAUAUGAUUUAUCCAUUCUUAUAUUCAAUGGAUAUUUACUGAGUACUUACUUUUUCUAGGGCACUAUGUUAGGCAUUGGACUAUGUAAGAAAAAUAUCAGAAAUAAAUUCUAUUCCCAGUGUUGUCCUGACACAUGUGUGCCCUUGGAACAUUUCCUAAAUGUACUAUGCUUGUUUCCCUAUCUGUGAAAUAGGGAUCAAGACAAACAACCUGAUACCUCACAGAUGUACUGUGGACAAUGACAAUAUAUCUUAAUACAAAUAUAAUGUCAAAAUAAAUUUCUGAAAUGAUUUAUUUUGGAUGUGGCACUAAUUUUUCCUCUGAGUGCUCUUCUACAUUUUAUCAUUGUUUCUUUCUUUGUCAUUAUAAAAACUAUUUAAUA